UGCACUCUGUCCACACACUUCCUGGUUCCCUCCCCUUCAGAUCAACAUUUCUAAAGAUGGGUGCGACCAACAUGGUGGUGAAGCAAUAGAGCUGACACGCCCGGUUCACUGAACGUCACAUGUUGUUCACAUCAGAAGUCAAAGCUCUUCUGAGGAAGUGAAACUCAGACACUCGUUGCUCCUGAGAGGUGAAAUGGAGCAGAACGGAGUUCAGCUGGAUCGGGAAACCUUCUCUUGUUCCAUCUGUCUGGAGCUCCUGAGGGAUCCGGUGACUACUUCCUGUGGACACAGCUACUGCAUGAACUGUAUUACAGCCCACUGGGAGGAAGAGGAGGGGAAGAAACUCCUCAGCUGCCCUCAGUGUAGGCAGACCUUCGCACUGAGGCCUGUCCUGCUGAAGAGCACCAUGUUGGCAGCUCUAGUGGAGCAGCUGAAGAAGACUGGACUCCAAGCUGCUCCUGCUGACCACUGCUAUGCUGGAGCUGGAGAUGUGGCCUGUGAUGUCUGCACUGGGAGGAGACUGAAGGCCUUCAAGUCCUGUCUGCAAUGUGUGGUCUCCUUAUGUGAGAAACACCUCCAGCCUCAUUAUGAUGCACCUGCAUAUGAGAAACACAAGCUGGUGGAGCCCUCCAACCGGCUCCAGGAGAACAUCUGCUCUCGUCACGACGAGGUGAUGAAGAUGUUCUGCCGUACUGAUCAGCAGUGUAUCUGUUACCUCUGCUUAAUGGAUGAACAUAAAGGCCACGACACAGUCUCAGCUGCAGCAGAAAGGACCGAGAGGCAGAGAGAGCUGGAGGGGAGUCGACUCAACAUCCAGCAGAGAAUCCAGAACCGAGAGAAAGACCUGAAGCUGCUCCAUCAGGAGGUGGAGGCCCUCAACCUCUCUGCUGAUAAAACAGUGGAGGACAGUGAGAAGAUCUUCACUGAGCUGAUCCGGCUCAUGGAGAACAGAAGCUCUGACGUGAAGCAGCAGGUCAGAUCCCGGCAGAGAACUGAAGUGAGUCGAGUCCAAGAGCUUCAGGAGAAGCUGGAGCAGGAGAUCACUGAGCUGAAGAGGAACGAGGCUGAGCUGAAGCUGCUGUCACACACAGAGGAUCUCAAGCAGUUUCUCCUCCACUACCCCUCACUGUCACCACGCGCUGAGUCUACACACUCGUCCGGCAUCGAUAUCCGUCCUCUGAGACACUUUGAGGACGUGACGGCUGUGUCAGAAGUCAGAGAUAAACUACAGGACGUUCUGGGGGACAAGUGGACAAACGUCUCACUGGCAGUGACUGAAGUGGACGUUUUACUGUCUCCUUCACAAGCAGAGCCCGAGACCAGAGCUGGAUUCUUAAGGUAUUCAUGUGACAUCACUCUGGAUCCAAACACAGUAAACACAAAGCUGUUAUUAUCUGAUGGGAACAGAAAAACAACAUUAAUGAGAGAAGUUCAGUCUUAUUCUAGUCACUCAGACAGGUUCACUACAAGGUGUCAGGUCCUGAGUAGAGAGAGUCUGACUGGACGUUGUUACUGGGAGGUGGAGUGGAGAGCAAGAGGAGUUUAUGUAGUCGUCUCAUACAAGAACAUCAUCAGAACAGGGAACAGGGAUGAAUGUACGUUUGGAUACAAUAACAACUCUUGGGCGUUACAUGGUCACAAUAACAUUUAUACCUUUUGGUACAACAAAGUCCAAACCCCCGUCUCUGGUCCUCAGGCCUCCAGAUUCGGAGUGUACCUGGAUCACAGAGCAGGUGUUCUGUCCUUCUACAGCGUCUCUGACACCAUGACUCUCCUCCACAGAGUCCAGACCACAUUCACUCAGCCUCUCUAUGCUGGACUUGGGUUUGAUUAUUAUGGAGUCACUGCUGAGUUCAGUAAACUCAACUAGACAGAAGUGAGUUCAGGGACAUCUGGUUAAAGUCUGUGUUUUAAGUCUUAAACUUAUUUUGUUUCCAUCAUCGUCUCUGAGCAGACUUCUCUUCACCUGUCAAUCAAACCUUGUGGGCGGGACUUGUGCGUCUCCUUAUUGUUGCGUAGGCGUCUGAGUUCCUGUAGGUGGCGCUCCUUCCUGUGUUGAGUCAUGAGGCUCUCACUGCUCAUGAUGCUCUUUGUUUACCUGAACUCAGAUUUAUUUGCAGGGAAAUGUGAAAUGCUCUGAGCUCGACGUGUUUGAUGAAUAUUGUUCUUCAUGUGUUCUUUAAUGUAAGUUUCUAUCCUCUUGUAGAGUUGUAAUGUUUUUAUAUAUACAUGAAGGUAAGAAAGUCUUUGGUUUGAAGUUAAUACAUAAGAAAGCUCGGACAAUCAAUAAAGGAUUUUAUGAAGGAUAUUCAAAAGAAUGUCUUAUGAAAACGUCGUAGAAAGUCACUGUAAAUGUGAUUAUUAUAUUAUUCUUGUAACUGUAAGAUGUGUUUAGCUUAUUAUAACUGUGGCAUGACGUGAGUAUGAAUGACAUGUCUUGACGUUGGGAGGCGGAGUCAGAAUGGGAGUUUCUACUAGAGAUCGUCAGAACAGCUGUUUUAACCCGGAAGCAGACAUUUUAUUUAGAAAACUCUUAUUGUGAAGGACUGUCUAUGAAGUAUGCUAGUGGGAGAAGCAUUGCUGUGUAGUCGAUACGAUUAGCCCGCCUCCUGUAGGGGUUAGCCAAUAGCAUGCUGUGAAAUGUAAGGUUCUAUGCAUGUGACCAACAUACUGACCAAUGAUUGGCUCUCAGUCCAGUGACACGAUGCCUUCACGACCGUAGGAGUUGUGAGGCUCGGCACAUGUCCUCUUGUGUGAAUACGACAGACGGUCACCUGAAGGCAUCGUCUCUUCGGCCUGUGGACUCGUUGAAGCGUGAGGCGCCCGGCCGGGACAGAUAUUGAGCUUUGUGAUCCUUAUUCUUUGAUGAAAUAACUUUGACUAUAACUCUGAAUCCAGAACUGUUUCCAGCACUCGGACCUGGCAGAUCACUCCUUUAACUUCACGCUCUGCAUGGGUCUUCCAGAGAGAACCAGAGCUUCUUUAUCGGGGUACCUUGUUCUUCUCUUCAUACAUUUGUGUUCAUUCAUAAGAGACUAAAUGUUGUUGUUGUUGUCUGAAUCAACAGACACAUGACGCACUGUGUUGUCUUCUAUAAUAAAGGAUCAUAAUCAAUAAGGAA